CACCCUUCAUCAUUGCUCUACUGCACGACUGCGUUAGUGCGUUAGUCACUCAGUCCUUCACACCCACACAUCCUUUCGCAAGUUACCCACACAACCUCAAUUACCCAUAGUACCCAUACAUACGUACCCUUUCUUACCUUUUCCUAAAUCAAAUCAAAAUAACAUCCGACCGCAGUCGCCUCGUGGAUUUUCCCCAUCCAUGCGUGCCAUGUUCACCGGGUCGACUGCAACCACUGCAACCGCAACCACUGCGACCGCCGACCCCCCGGAUUCCGGGCUCAACACAACAUCCACCACCACCACCACCACCACCUCGUCGCCGUCACAGCAGCUCUUCUCACCUCCUCCUCCCCCUCCUCCUGCUGUCUCCGUCUCCGCUGCAGAUGAGUCCUUCACGCGACGAAUCAGAUCCAAAUCCUCUCUGCGCAGUCUCCGCAGCCUGGGAAGCAACAGUACGACGUACGACGACGACCCUGACGACACUCCCGACGCCAACAACAACGCCGAGAAGACGCUCAUUCGCCCAUCCAUCCUCCGUCGAUUAUCCCCCGGCCUCGCCGCCCGCGUCAAGCUUCUCGACGGCAGCAACAGCAGCAGUAAGAACAACAGCCCGUCUCGAGUGGGCGCUGUGGGCCGCAUCCCCGAGGAACACAUAAAGGAGUUGGACAGCUUGCACCAGGACUUAUCGAUAAGGAUUCAAAAAAAGGGUCGCACGUGGAAUGGUCUGCACCGGGCCCACAAGGAAAGGAAACAACAACAACAGUCCCUUUCACAGCAGCAGCAGCAGCAGCAACAAUCGUGCGAUUUAAAUCACUUGGAGGUCCCCGACCCAGUGCUCCUGGAAGAGCUACUAGCGGAUGAGCUCUACGCAGACGAAGCUUGGGAAUCUUCGGAGCAAGUCUCAGAACAGCACGUGCUUACCUCGGUUCUACAACCCGACUUACAUUCGCUGUUGAUCGCUUCGGUUCCAGAAGAGCGUUCUCAGAAAGGGGACUCUCUGAAAGAGUGUGGAGCGGAAGUAAGGGCAGAUACGGAGGCAGAAGCGGAAGCGGAAGCAGAAGCAGAAGCAGAAGCGGUGCCGGAAGCCGAAGUCGCAGCUAAAGCAAAAGAAGAAGAAGAAGACGAAGUGCAGCAGGACAAGGGAGCGAUCGAAGAGCCACUACUCGACAUGGCUACCCUUGAACGAUCCCGUCUGCCACUCCGCCCCGGAUCAACGAAUGGAAUGCCGUCCACGAACCCGACCGACUUUGAAAAGUAUCUCAAGAGCACCAGCGACAAUGAAUCCGCUCCCCCUCCCCCGCCGCCGAAAGAUUCUCCCCGCCCCCUCUCAAUCUCAUCUGCGAAUUCGCAAUCCUACUUCAACCCGCUCGGGCUACAACGCUCAGAAUCCAUAUACUCGUUCUCAAGGGCCUCCUUUAGCAAUCAGCUUUCGCAACUCACGUCCAUCUCCCUUCCCCAACCAUCCUUACUCGAGGCUGGUAUCGCGUCCAUUCCGACCGCCGCCGCCGCCGUAAGGGCCCUCACGGGAGCUGCGGACCAGAUUCAAAUUUGGAUCAAAAAGGCCUCCGGUGUUUUGAGCGGGCUGGAUGCCGAGGACGACGUCGAAUGGGCAGCUGCCGGCGGAAGAGAAGGGCUGGACGGGGUCGACGGAGCCAUCACCCGAUUUGAGAGUCUGAUCAACGUUUACGUCAAGGCUAUUGAGGACGUGCAGAUGCGCGACGAUAUCGAGAACGUCUCCACUGAUCAAUUGAACUUGAUUGUUGUACAGAUGGACGGGAUCAUCCAUAGCUGGUCGCAGAUCAAGGAUCGACUGAAAGGAGUCAAAGAACAAGUGGAGCUGGCGAUGGAAUGGGAGGAACUAUGGAGCAAUGUCUUGGGCGAUGUUGGAGUGGAGGUGGAAAAUCUCGGCCGGCUCAUCUUCGAGAUGGAAGAGAAGCGACACUGGACCAUGGCGGGUGAACAGGAUUCCAGUGCUACGGGACUCGACAUCAAUGAGCUGGAGACCAUCGUCGAGGAAACGCCAGCAGGUGGCCGCAUGUCGACCAGCAAGCGGUUCAGUCUGGAGCCUCUGUUCGCGGCACCGACUCUGGAUAUGCCUAUCAUCCAGACGCCGCAUGACGAUUCCAACCACUCCAACUUGAUCGCCUUGUUUGCGAGGAUCCAACCGCUCCGUGCAUCGCUCGACUUCCUCCCCAUGCGACUGUCCAUGUUCCAGUCGCGGGCGGUGCGGAUAUUCCCCAGCGCCUGCCAGGAGCUCGAAGAUCGACGCAGUCAGCUUGAGAAGGCCUACAAAGGGCUGGAAGCUGAUGCAGAAGCCUUGCGGGACGAGCUCAGCGAGGACCGGUGGAUUCUCGUAUUCCGCAAUGCGGGCAAUCAAGCGCAGAAGAUGUUCGAAUCGGUUGAGAGGAGCAUUGGGAAGCUUCAGGAAGCCAUCGAGACCAGCGCUCAGGUGCACAACCCGGCCCAGUUCACGAAACGGGUCGAAAGCUACGACGCCAAGAAACAGCAUUACGUUGCUGCGAUUGAGCGGGUGGUGUCGAUUAUCCAGAAGGGUGUGAAUGACCGUCUUACGGUCAACGGAGAAACUCUACGACUGUUGUCAGACAUGACAUCGCGGGUCGAUGCUCUGAAGGCCAGCAUCCGGGUAAUGGAUGCAUCCUUGGAGGAUAUCAGCUUCACACGGUCUCAACACCUGCGCGACUCGAUCUCGAGUAUCCUCACCAUGGAUAGCCCACUGACCGGGAGUGUCCCUGAGACUCCCGGCAGUUCCCCAGCUUCAUCGGUCAUCAUGACUCCGGCGAAUGCAUUGAAGCGAUCUACCACGCCGGUCAACAAUUCCAGCCGUCGUGGUAGCUCUGUCAGUUCGGUGGCACGCACGACCAUGUCGAAGGUGCGACGAUAUUCUGGGUUGCCGCAAGUCACAUCCACCUUAACAGCGAAGAAAUCAGCGAUCCCCAAGGCGUCACUCGGGGUGACCUCGCCUACGAAGCACGUGGCCGCUACGCCGACGCCGGCGGCGCGCAAACCGGUACCACGUACCCCAGCUCUGCCGCCAGCGUUGGCCAAUAGGCCGCGGUGGACCACCAGCACCAACACCAGCGACUUGGAUAAAUACAAGUCUAAUUCCCUCCAUACACCGUUCCGCAAAUCGUCCGCCCAGGGCCGCACGUCGCGCCCUUCCUCUACACUCCCCAUGACUCCGUACCGCCGCGAUAUGUCGGUGUCACCGGCACCGAUGAGCGCGCGGUCGGUCAGUCGGGUGUCCAGCCGUCUGGCGUCGCGCAGCCCGUCGCGAGUGGCGUCUCCCACCCCGAACCGAUCCCUUCUGGAUCCUCCCCCUUACAGCAAACUGCGCCGACCCGAUGGGUUGGCCACUGCGCCGCGCAGCCGACAGAGCUUCGCGGGGCUUUCCUUCAGCCGCAGUGUUUCGCAAGAUCACAGCCGCGCACUGGCGAGCCCGACCAAAGCGCCUCCGACGCCACGGCCGGAAACGUCGCUCGGACAUGCGAGCAACCGUCGCAUCAGCUUGAUUCCAUUGCCUAAAGGCCGGACCGGCAAUGACAAUGCGCCUAGCACGCGCAGCAAGCUGGGUGAGCGACCUCCCUGGCGGGGCUAGUCGCGUCACAUCUUCCGGGUAAUUGUUUUUCUUAAUCGUUGUCAUGUAAUUGAACUGGAGCAUUGCGAUUGGGGGUUUUGUAUGGUGAUAUAGCCGAUUUUGCGUGUCUUUGCAGAUUGAUAUCCCCCUCAAGCAUUUUUUUCAGCGGUGUAUGUAUGGGAUUGAUCAUUUCUGGUGGUGUGGUUUUAGGCAAGUAAUCAUCUAUGUUUAUCUUAUCUAUCACAGGCCAAGUGGAACA